AUGGCGACUGCAUUGGAUUUGUCAGGUUUGGGAAAUUUUGAUCCGUAUUCGGAUCCAACUACAUUGUCUUUACGAUGGAAAGAAAGGUUACGGCGGUACGAACGGUUUCUGGUUGCUAUGGAUAUAAAAGAUGAUACUCGGAAACGUGCUCUAUUGCUAUAUGCAGCGGGAAACGAAGUAGAAAAAUUUUUUGCAACGUUGUCUGAGGUUGGGGAAGAAAAAGAUUACAAGAAAGCGGUUGAAAAGCUGAACGAGUAUUUUUUACCUAAGAAAAAUGUGUUACUUGAAACCCAUAAAUUUCGCCAGUUAAAACAAAUAACUGAGGAAACAAUUGAUCAAUAUUGUACCAGGCUUAGACAACAAGCCAUCAUCUGUGAAUUCUCUAACAGUGAAAAUGAGCUUAAAAUCCAGCUUGUUGAAGGAUGUUUAUCAUCGCGAGUGAGAAGAAAAGCCAUUCAAGAUCACUUGAAGUAACAGAUAAAGCUGUCAAAACAUUAGAAGAUUGUGGGCAUUUAGCUCCCUCCUCGAGUGCGGUUAAUGCUAUACAUAACCAACAAGACAAGUCCAGUCAGUAUCAUGAACGAACGAACAGACAGCCACAUCAAUCAGCAACCCAGUAUCCUACAAGAAAUCGAUACUCCUACCCACUCAAGAAUGCGGGCCGAGAAAAUUCACGUGAGCAGCAACAGAAUGGUAAGAAACUAUGUUAUAAUUGUGGGGAAAAUUAUUAUGCAGGUCAUCCUAGUGUGUGUAAAGCAAAGCGAAAAUCUGUUUUUUCAUGUGGAAAACAAAAUCAUUUCGCGACUAUGUGCCGUAGUCGUCAAAGGAACAAUAUUCCAGAAAAAGGGGAGAACAUUCAAGCCAUUAAUUGUACUGAAAAGCAAUCAAAUUCCUCUGAUGAAGAUUCAUAUGUUUUUGUUGUUACCCCACCAGUAGAAAAUGAGGUUUCCCCAAAUUCACGAGCAGUUAAAACCAUUCCAGUUAUUAUUGAAAGGGCCCAUGUUAAAAUGAUUGUUGACACUGGGGCAACAACAAACAUUUUAGAUUCCAAAGCAUUUAAUGAAAUCAAAAAGAAAAACCCCAGUUUACAUUUGCAACCAUCAACACACAAAAUUUAUGGUUACAUGCAAUCUCAACCUUUGCCAGUCCUUGGGAAAUUUGAAGGACUUAUUGAGUCAAAACACAGAAUGGCUGUUACAACAUUCCAUGUUGUAAACGGGGACGGUGGGUCAUUACAUUACAGUAAAGUUAUUCCACAGCCACAGAGCUUGAUAUUGUGAAAAUGAAUGUGCAUGCUGUUGUUACCCAGUCUAGUUCUACAUCCUACACCGAUCCUCGAGAGGAUCAUAAACAGUUUGGCAAUGAGAACCCAGAAAUUCCUAAGAACCAUCAACCAGACUCACCAAUCAUGUCAAAGUUUAAAAAGGAAUACCAGCAGUCUUUAAUGGCAUUGGGAAACUAAAGGGUCAUGAAGUACACCUACACCUUAAAGAUAAUGCUAAACCUAUUGUGCAAAAACCCCGAAAGAUACCUUUUCAUCUCCGUAAACAGACAGAAAAUAAACUGAAAGAACUAGAGGAAAGUGAUAUUAUUGAAUUCGUUCCAUCAGGGACACCUACAACUUUUGUAUCAAAUCUUGUUGUUGCACCAAAGUCUAACAAUCCAGCUAAAGUCAGAGUAUGUAUAGACAUGCGACAUAUGAACCCAAUGAUAGAGCGAGAACGUCAUGUUAUCCCUAAUAUUGAGGAACUCUUUGAGGACAUGGCUGGUGCUACAAUGUUUUCGAAAGUGGAUUUGACAGCUAGGUUUCACCAUUUACUUCUUGACGAGGAGUCACGAUCUCUUACCACAUUUCACACCCACAAAGGUCUUAUGCGAUAUAAACGUUUAUGUUUCGGAGUAAAUUCAGCACCAGAGAAAUUCCAAUAUGCUAUUCAACAAACACUCCAAGGACUGGAGGGAGUAAGGAACAUUGCCGAUGAUAUUAUUGUGUGGGAAAGUCCGAAAAAGUCAGAAAACAAUCUUAUCCUUAAUGUUUCUAAGUGUAAGUUUAAUGUAGACAGCAUUUGGUUCUAUGGUUACACAUUAUCAAAGGAUGGCAUUUCUGCAGACAAAACCAAAAUUGCAGCACUAGUUAACAUGAAAGAGCCAGAAGAUGUUUCCCAGUUGCGCAGCUUCUUGGGAUUGGCAACAUAUUGCGAACGGUUUAUUAAUAACCUGGCAACAAUCACAGCACCAUUACGCGAGUUAACCAACAAAGGCGUUGUUUGA